AUGGAGGAGAUGCUGAAAAAGAUUAUGGUUGAUCAAGCCCAGUUAGAUGUUGAUGCAAGAAACAAUCAGUUAGCUAUACAAAAUCUGGAGAAACAAUUCGGGCAGCUUGCUAGUGCCCAAAACUCACGACCGCAAGGAGGUUUACUGGGAAAUACUGAUCCAAAUCCCAAGCAGGUAAACAUGGUAGGUACUCGCAGUGGUUUGCAAUUGGAAGAGUUAGAUCCUAAGAAAAGAAUCACUGAUGCUAUGAGUAAAGAGAGUGAACCCAAUGAGAGUGAGGUUGUUGCACAAGAAGAAAGAGUGCAACCAAUAGUGAAACCACCUCCUCCAUUCCCUCAGAAGUUCAAGAAACAGAAGGAGAAUGAAUGUUUUGGUAAGUUUCUAUCUCUUCUGAAACAAGUUCACAUUAAGUUGCCAUUGGUAGAUGUUUUGCAAGGUAUACCCAGGUAUGCUAAAUAUGUGAAGGAGAUUAUGGCGAACAAAAGGAGGUUGACGGAAUAUGAGACUAUUGCACUUACUGAAGAGUGCAGCUCUAGAAUCCGAAAUAAGUUGCCCACUAAACUAAAAGAUCCAAGUAGCUUUACGAAAAAGUUGGGGUUGGGUAGUCCUAAACCUACUACCAUCAUCUUACAGUUGGUUGAUAGAUCUGUUGCUAGGACUGAGGGUGUUGUAAAGGAUGUGCUAGUGCAAGUGGGAUCGUUGAUAUUUGUUGUGCUGAAUUUUGAGCCAGAUCCUGAGGUCUCAUUCAUCUUAGGAAGAAUUUUCUUGUCUAUUGGGUGGGCUGUGAUAGAUGUAGCACAUGUGCAACUCACUAUGUGGGCCCAUGAUAAAAUGGAGGUGUUCGAUGUGUACAAGGUAUUAAAGCUGCCAGCUAUUUAUGAGGAGUUGUCUGCCAUAACUGUGAUAGAUCUUGAGGCUGAAGCUCAAUACAUUGCAUCUAAGGACCCUUUAGAGCGAGUAUUGGUAGGAGAGGAUAUCUAUGGGGAUGUUGAGGCACAAGAAAUGGUGUAA